CGCGUCACGCUACCAUGGCCACCGCCGUCACCUCUGCUGCAUCCGCAGCGCAGCGUGUCCUCACCACGGGGUGUCAUGAGCUGCUCCCGUCCUUCGUCAUCCCCAUGUUCACCUCCAAGACCUUCAUCCCUCUCAACAAUCCACCGAUUCCCAUCUGGGGUGCCCUCCUCCCGCCGCUCACCUACUUCCUCGCCCUCUUCUGUCUGAGCGCUGGCCCAUCCGCCUCCGCUCUCACAUUGGGUAUCAAGUACACCUUGGCCACCGUCUCUGCCAUCAGCUUCUUAGCUCUUCCCUUCAGCUUCCACGUUCCGGGAAGCGCAGUCUUCACUUAUCAAUUGGGGCUCAUCGGCUGCUUUGGGAGUGCGAGAGUUAUCGAUCUCUUCUUCUUGAGCAGGCCGAGGAUUCCCAAGAGGAUCAAAGUGCCCCAGCCCGACCAUCAGAAGCAGGGCCUCAGGAGGCCUCAUGCUGGUCAUGAACACAAAGAGAUCGAAACUCACAAAGGAGGGGCACCUGUUUAUCCUCCUGGAGACAAUCUCGGUUGGGCAUUCGAACCUCAUCCGACGGGGCUAGGGUCGAGGCUGUGGUGGUCGCUAGACCUCAUGAUCUCCAUGCGCGGCAUAGGCUGGGACUUCGCCUCGGCUGAUGUCCGUCACGACAUCAGUCCCUGGCAACCUCCCUCGUCCCGGCAAGUCAACAUGGCCAUCUUCCGCCUCAUCCCGGCCCUCGGAAUCGCCAUCAUCGUGACUCGCUCGAUGCUGGCCCGUCUGGGCGGUCAGCCAAUCGAGUCUCCCCUGGUGCACACCAGCCCCUCAAUCGUGGACCUGCCUGCUCCCUUGAGGCCCCUUCUAGUCCUUGCUACGGGUGCGUCCCUCUUCACUCUCUUCGAUGCAGGGUACACCCUCGUCUCCGCUGCAGCGAUGCCUAUCUUGUCGAGCAUCUCAAAUGUCAGAAAGCGAAGUCUACACAACAUCGACUUCUACCCCCUUCUCAACCCACUCAAGCUCACGGAGAUCUGCUCCGUGAGGUCGUUCUGGUCAAAAGCAUGGCAUCGACUGUUCCACAGGGCCUUUCUCAUCUAUGGAAUCUUGCCAUUCCAGAAUUUGGCUCUCCUUCUCUUCCCCGUCAAGGACGUGGGCCUGCUUGCACCGUCUCAGCAUCCCGAUCCGGCGCGACUGCUGCCAAAGGGCACGCACGAUUGGGCAAAGGUGAUGGGCGCCUUUUGCGCAAGCGGCAUGGUUCACGCCAUCAGUGAAAGGGCGGCUCUGGGUGGUAGGCUGGCGCUGCCGCCUAACAAUUUCUGGCUACAGGCUGGCUGGGCUACCGGCGGCCAUGCUGGUUCGGUGAUGCCUGACCUCGCGUCAGCCAAGGGCCUCGCAGGGAAUGAUGGCGGAGCGAGGUGGAGCUUCAGUAGAAUCGUACCGCCCAUCUCCGGGGCAGGGGAGUUCAGCUUCUUCUUCCUCAAUGGAGUGGCGGUGCUCAUUGAGGGGGCGGUAUGGGCUUUCGUGAAGGAGAGGAGAAGGAGGGCGGCGAUGCAGAGGCGUACGAGUGGGCAGGACCAGCAGCUGCAGCAGCAGGCAGAGGCUGUCACUUCGACCGGCAGCUCAGCGCCGGGGACUCCUCGGCGCCGCAGUGCUCGAGUGGCCAAAGCCGCUACCGCCGCCUUGGACGACUCAGAGGACGACGUCAAGCAUCCUGGCACUCCACCCGUCGUGACUCGCUCGUCAGCCAGCAUCGAUGACGCCGAGCUCACCCGCUGGUACGACAGGUACGUCGGCUUGAUCUGGGCGGUCUCCGUUCUCCUCACGACGGGUGAGACCUUCGUCGAUGGAUGGAUCAAGAGUGGCAUCCUCGCAGAAAUCUCGUACUUCCCGCAUUGAGAUAUCGUUGCGGGCCGUGACGAGCGCAGGGCGUGGGUAGAAGGGUGAAGGCGGCAGCAAAGCGAGCAACGGCGAGUGAUUGGACGGAGGUAUGAAAGUAGCAGAAUAUUGCAGGACCUUGUAGCAUAGCACCGGCGCCUCCUAGCAACAGGAGAGUCUCUCCCUCUUUAAGCAAUCGCAUUCAGUCUCCUCACCUCCGCAACAAUGAGUUCAGUCUUCCGCCAGCGACAAAAU